AUCUGAUUCUGCAUCUUCUGUCCGAUCAGAUCUCACUGUUCCUGCAUCUGCAGCAUCAUCCACACCCAUCCUCAACCCCAGUAUACACUGUAUCCACCAAAAUGCCCAACCGCCUCGGCAUCGCCUCCAUGUCCCUGGGCCGUCCAGGCAUCCACCCCCUGCCCAACAAACUGCACCAAGCCGCUCUCCACGGCUACUCCGGCAUCGAGCUUUUCUUCGACGACCUCUCGCACCUCGCAGAGACCUCUCACGGCGGGGACCUUCUCGCCGCCGCCCACCACGUGCACUCCCUCUGCACAUCCCUCAACCUCUCCAUCAUCUGCCUCCAGCCCUUCGCCUUCUACGAAGGCCUCCUCGACCGCUCCCAGACCGAGCACCUCCUCACUGAAAAACUCCCCCUGUGGUUCCAACUCUCCCGCAUCCUGCACACAGACCUCAUCCAAAUCCCAUCCAACUUCCUCCCGGCGGACCCGCAAACCGGCGCCCCUCGGACGACAGGGGAUCGGGAGAUUAUUGUCUCAGAUCUCCGACGCGCCGCGGACCUCGGACUCGCGCAGUCCCCGCCCUUCCGGUUCGUCUACGAGGCCCUGGCAUGGGGCAACCACGUCGAUACCUGGGAAGCCGCCUACGAGAUCGUGGUUGCCGUCGACCGCCCGAACCUGGGUAUCUGUCUUGAUACAUUCAACCUGGCGGGACGGGUGUAUGCGGACCCGGCGAGCGCGAGCGGAAAGACCGCCAACGCGGAGCUCGCGCUUCAGGAGUCCCUGACGAGACUGCGGGAGACGGUGGACGUCAAGAAGGUGUUUUAUCUGCAGAUUGUCGACGGGGAGAGGCUGGCUGCUCCGUUGACGGAAGGCCAUGAGUGGCAUGUAGCGAGCCAGCCGUGUCGGAUGAGCUGGUCGCGGAAUGCGAGGUUGUUUGCGUUUGAGGAGGAGAGGGGCGGAUACCUGCCUGUGGAGGAGGUGGCGAGGGCGUUUUUUGAUACCGGGUUCGAGGGCUGGGUGUCGUUGGAGUUGUUUAGUCGGACGUUGGCGGAUCCGGAUCCGCGGACGCCGGAGAGGCAUGCGAAGAGGGGGUAUGAGUCGUGGAGGAAGAUGGUGAAGCUGUUGGGGUUGAAGGAGGGUGGGACUGAUGAGUCGGAUGGGGAGUCGGUGUCGGUGUCGGGGGCGAGCGAGGGGAGUGAAGGGAGUGAGUUGGUGGUGCAGCAUCGGUUGUAGGAUUUGAUAUCUGGGAUGGUGUUGGGUGUAUUUGGUGGAUUGUUU